AUGGACAGACUGAUCCACCUAAAUGAGUACACUAAAGUUUUCCAGUUUGGUGCAGAUGAAAGGCGACGAGAAGAGAAGCACACAGGAAAGAAACACCCCGCAGAGUGCUCCGAGAAGGAAAGGCAUUAUUCGAAAGUGAAAGGGAAAAAUGCUUUCAUAUUGCCAUCAAACAAUGUGGAGGAGAGAAGCCCCUCCAGAAAGUUACACCCCUGCAAGGAGAGCAAAAAUGAAUACCACCAGUUAGGCAGUGAAGUACCUUCCUCCAGCUUGAGCUUACCCCCCAAAAGUGGCAACACUUUGAGUCACCCGCAGUAUGAAGUGAAGAGGAGGGACACCAGGAAGACCCUAAACUGUUGUCUCGAAGAAGUCUGCAUAUGUAAAAGGUGCUACAUGAACGAGUUGCACGAAAGGAAGAAAAGGACUGCAGUUUAUACGUUAGAGUUUAAUAACUUGGUCGACUGUGAACCUGUGAGUGGGCAUCACUUAGUGAAGAGGAAUGCCACCCUCGCGCAUGGCUUGAAACAUAAGGGUAAGCACUGUCAGGAGCGCUCUCCUGGGGAGGGAAACAGACGAGGAAUGGUCGUGGAGAAGCUGCCAGAACAAAUCCCGCAGAAGAAAAAUUUGUUCCAAUUUUUGAACUCCAUUUUUAGCGUGAAUUAG